AUGUCCGGGAUUUUAACCGGGCCGAACAGUGUCAGUGAUUUUAACCCGGUGACCCGCCGCCGGACUCCGACACAGAAUUUGGCAUACCUAUCCCACAUGGCGGGGAAGAGCUUGGAGUUUCAGGUAUACAAUAGCAUGACGAAGCAGAAAGAGGCAUUUAAGCCGAGGGUCGACGGCAGAGUCGGAAUGUACGUCUGCGGCGUAACUUCCUACGACCUCAGCCAUAUCGGCCACGCGCGUGCCUACGUGGCGUUCGAUGUUCUCUACAGAUAUUUGAAGCAUUUGGGCUACGACGUAGUCCGUAACUUUACUGAUGUCGAUGAUAAGAUUAUCCGCCGAGCAAACGAGGUUGGGGAGGAUCCAAUAGCAUUAAGUGGCAGGUUCUGCCAAGAGUUCCUUAAUGACAUGGCUGAUCUCCAGUGUCUACUGCCAACUCACCAGCCGCGUGUUACUGAUCAUAUGGAACAGAUCAAGGACAUGAUUGCACAGAUUAUUACCAAUGGUUGCGCUUAUGCCGUUGAUGGUGACGUUUACUUUUCAGUGGACAAUUUCCCGAAUUAUGGUAUUCUAUCUGGACGCAAGUUAGAAGACAACAGAGCUGGCGAAAGAGUUGCCGUCGAUGGGAGGAAACGAAAUCCUGCAGAUUUUGCCCUGUGGAAGGCUGCAAAGCCGGGGGAGCCCCAAUGGGAGAGCCCGUGGGGCCCAGGGAGGCCAGGCUGGCAUAUAGAAUGCAGUGCAAUGAGUUCUCACUACCUAACUCAUGCUUUUGAUAUUCACGGUGGUGGGAUGGACUUGAUAUUCCCUCAUCAUGAGAAUGAAAUUGCCCAGAGUUGUGCGGCUUGCUCAGAGAGCAAAAUUAAUUACUGGUUGCAUAAUGGCUUUGUCACGGCCAAUGACGAAAAAAUGUCCAAGUCCCUGGGGAACUUUUUCACUAUUCGCGAGGUUACAAAGAUGUACCAUCCACUUGCACUGAGGUACUUUCUAUUGGGGACCCACUACCGUUCCCCGGUCAAUUAUUCGAUAUCGCAGAUUGAAAUUGCAUCGGGUUCGGUUUUCUACUUGUAUCAAACUUUGCAAGAGUCUGAAGAUGCUUUAUCUGAAUCAAAAGAAGAGACGGAAGCAAAUGCAAAACCCGCCCGUAUUGGAUCUGAUGCACAAGAAUGCAUCAAAAAGCUGAGGAAGGAGUUUGAGGCAAAAUUGGCAGAUGAUUUGCACACACCCACCAUCCUGACUUCUUCUCUUCAGGAAGCCUUGAGAUUUAUAAAUACUUGCCUAACCAAGCUGAAGAAAAAGCUGCCGAAGCAACAAAAAUUAUCUUUUCUUAAGGGCCUCGAGGAGCUCCAGAAGGAAGUCAAGUUAGUCCUAGGUGUUCUUGGCUUGCUUUCGAGUUUAAAUUAUGCCGAGGUUUUGGAGCAACUGAAAGACAAAGCUCUAAAGAGGGCGGGUGUAACCGAAGAAGAGGUUUUGCAGUCUAUUGAAGAAAGGACAUUGGCUCGAAACAAUAAAGAGUUUGAGAGAAGUGAUCAAAUUAGGAGUGAUCUUGUGGCAAAGGGAAUUGCUUUAAUGGAUAUAGGGAAAGACACGGUUUGGAGGCCUUGUGUGCCCGUGCAACAAGAAAAGCAAGGCGUGCCAGUUCAGAACGAGAACCCGCCCGAUCCAGCUUCAAAUGGCCUGCCAGUCUUGUCGGCCGAUAAAUGA